AAAAGGGAUGUUUCGAAGGGUCGUGGUGGGCAUAUCUGGUGGCGUAGAUAGUGCCGUUUCAGCUUAUUUACUCAAAAAACAAGGUUUCGAAGUAUGCGGCGCGUUUAUGAAAAACUGGGAUCUCAUCGACGAAUCGGGUUACUGUUCCGGCGAGCAGGACUGGGAAGAUGCACAGCGACUGUGUCGUCAGCUACAGAUACCACUCGAGCAGAUUAAUUUCGUGAAAGAUUACUGGCUCGAGGUGUUUGGAAGUUUUUUGAAGGAUUACGACGCCGGUAUCACCCCAAAUCCGGACAUUCUGUGCAAUCGUCACAUUAAAUUUAAUCGCUUCUAUCACCAUGCACGCGAGCGAAUGAAUGCAGAUGCCAUCGCAACCGGUCACUAUGCGCAAACCAACUUUGGGCCGUUCCUCGAGCACUACUCACCACAUGAAAAGGUUCGUCUGUUCAUGGCACCGGAUCUGAUUAAAGAUCAAACAUUCUUCCUGUCACAGAUCACGGCCGAUACACUUCGCCAUACAAUGUUCCCAAUAGGUGGACUAACGAAGCCACAGGUCAAACGGUUGGCUAGCGAAGUCGGGCUGGAUGCGUACGCACGGAAGAAGGAGAGCAUGGGCAUUUGUUUCGUCGGAAAGCGAUCGUUUCAGCAGUUCAUUGCGGAAUACAUCGACACUAAACCGGGCCCGUUCGUGGACGUUGACACGGGGCGCGUCGUAGGCCAGCAUGUUGGCCUGCACCAUUGGACGGUGGGCCAGAAGUGCAAGAUCGGUGGCUGCCUGCAACCGUACUACGUGCAGCGGAAGCAUCGCGAAACAAAUGUGAUCGAUGUGGUUUCCGGGCAUGAUCAUCCGCUACUAUUUACCGAUAUACUCUACACGGAAGAACCGGUUUGGAUCAAUGUACCGCCCGGACUGGAGCAAGGCGAGUUUGUGAGAUGUUUCUUUCGCUUCCAACACACCAAACCGCUUGUCGGUUGCACCAUUUUCCAAUCAUCCGUUGCUCACAAGGGACAAUUGUUAGUGAAACUGGAUCAUCCUCUACGAGCGAUUACGCCCGGCCAGUAUGCAGUAUUUUAUCGAAAUGAAGAGUGCUUCGGAAGUGCGCGAAUAGUACAGCCAGCACCUGGGCCUUUAUGAUCCAGGCUAGUCCAAAGUAGAGUGAAAAUGAAGACAGA